CAGAGGAAAUCUUCCAGGAUGGCGAAGGGGAAGAAGGGCAGGAGGCUGUAGAGGCCCCCAUGGCUCCUGCAGAGGAGGAAGAGGAAGAUGAUGAAGAGUCAGACAUUGACGACUUCAUUGUGGAUGAUGAUGGACAGCCUCUGAAGAAACCUAAGUGGAGGAAAAAGCUUCCUGGAUACACAGAUGCGGCCCUGCAAGAAGCCCAAGAGAUUUUUGGUGUGGACUUUGACUAUGACGAAUUUGAGAAAUACAAUGAAUAUGAUGAAGAACUGGAGGAAGAGUAUGAGUAUGAGGAUGAUGAAGCCGAGGGUGAGAUCCGAGUGCGUCCCAAGAAGACCACCAAGAAACGUGUGAGCCACAGAAGCAUCUUUGAGAUGUAUGAGCCCAGCGAGCUGGAAAGCAGUCACCUCACAGAUCAGGACAAUGAAAUCCGAGCCACCGACCUGCCCGAGAGGUUCCAGCUCUGCUCUAUCCCAGUCAAAGUGGCUGCAGAUGAUGAACUAGAAGAAGAGUCUGACUGGAUCUACAGGAAUGCUUUUGCCACACCAACUAUUUCUCUGCAGGAAAGCUGUGAUUACCUGGAUAGAGGGCAGCCAGCCAGCAGCUUUAGUGGAAAAGGGCCCAGUACAAUUCAGAAGAUUAAAGAGGCCCUGGACUUCAUGCGAAAUCAGCAUUUUGAGGUGCCUUUUAUUGCCUUCUACCGGAAGGA